AUGGCCCCCCGUCUCGUCCGCCGGACCCCCCUCUCCGAGCGAGUGCUCGCAGCCCUCAACCCGCUCGACGCCCUCCUGAACCUCUCCACCUGGCUCUCCUCGCACGACUGGGACGGCCUUCAAUCCUCCUUCGCCACACCCCUCGGGCUCACGCUCAACGCGCUCUGCCUGUUCACGCGCGCCCACUCGGACAGCAGCUCCUACCGCCGCGGCGUCGAGGACGUCAUCCGCCGCGGCGCCGGAAGCACAAGCGGCAUGGGCCCAUGGGGCGCCGCAAUGGUCUACUCCUGCUAUGUCGUCUCGUGGUCGCUCGCGGUCUUUAGUAUCGUCAAUGCACUGUACUGUGCUUUUAGAACACGGCCGUAUAGGCUGUUUGAAAACAACAUUGAGAUCCCGCCGCAAACCCCCUCCGCCCGCCGCGUCCGCGUCGACUCCUCCCCCACCACCUCGCCCAUAAAAUUCCUGACCUCCCUCCUCGAACCCCUCCUCGACUCCCCCUCCCACCGCGAACACCCCAGCGCCACCCGCGACGUCUGGGAAAUCAGCAUCUGGGACCCCACCCCGCUCUCCCUCCGCCUCCUAACCCUCUUCUCCCCCGCCCACGUCGCAAUCUACUUCCUCUCCCUCCCCAUCGCGCAAAACCUCUCCUACAGCGCCGCCGCCGCCGCCUACACCUACCACCCCACCGCCAACAUCUACGCCGUCCUCGCCACCGCCCUCACCACGCAGCUCGUCAUCACCGCGCAGCUGACCCUCCUCUGCCGCUUCUUCACCCAGCAGCAGAAGGACAAGGCCCUCCUGUCGCGCCAGCUCAUGCACGAGUACGACACAAAGUUUGUCCAGCCCCGCGUCAGCGUGGUGACCCGUGAUGUGGCCGUGCAGACGCCCAACCCGCGCACGGGCGAGGCGGGCGAGGUGGAUACGUAUUCGCCGAUGAUGGCACGGCAGGGGUUUAGGACGGCGCCGAACCCGAAUUAUGCGCCGUUGACGACGGCGGGGGCGACGCAGCUGUUGCCGCCUACCGCGCGCGGCAGCGAGCAGGACUACCGCGGGUACUCCCCUCUUUCCACUAUGCGCCAACCACAAUUUAGCAGCGGCGCUGUUACGACGAGACGUGCGGCGGCGACGGCGACGCCAGGAGGGUUGUACGGUAGUCUCGGCGGAGGCCGCUUGGCAGAGCCGGCGCGGAGGAUGCCGCGUGUGAAGCGGGAGGAGGAGGAGAGUGAUGGCGAGGAGCAGCUGCAGCAGGAGAAUGUAAGGCCGAGGAGGCACUGGCAGACAAGAGGGGGGGCGGAUGCGCAUUUGAUGGGGUCGAAUGUGGGUAUGCAUGGGCUGGUGAAUAUGAGUUUGCAGAAUAGUAGGAGUCUGAGCCCGAGUAAGAUGGUGAGUCCGUUUAAGAGGGUGCCGAGGGGGGGUGCGGGGGGGUGGGGGGGGUGGGGGGGGUGA